ACCAGUCCACCUGACAGAGAUUGUUUGGAGGAUAACAGGCUGGCAAUUAUUCAUACUUUCCUACAGUCGAUCAGAGGAGCGUCAGCUUUCCCAUCGUCCUCACAGAAACAAAGAGCAUCAUCUGAACUGCUCUGUUUUCACCAUGAUCAGCAGCACAAGGACUAAAAUGAACCUGCAGAAGAUCCCCAUCAAGGUGGCCCUCUGUCUGCUGCUUCUUUGCUCACUGCUGCCCAGCUCUGAGUCCCGUCGGGGCCGUGGAGGUGGUGGCUUCGGUCGAGGUGUAGGAGGAGGCUACAGCCGUGGAUGGGGAGGCCAGUCCUACAGACCCGUACCUGUUCAGGUACAGAGAAGUGGACCAAGUGCGGGGAAAGUGGCCGGAGCAGCGGCUGCAGGAGCUAUAGGAGGAGCGAUGAUUGGAUCUGCCCUGAGCCGCCCUGGCUAUGGAUACGGGUAUGGAGGAUAUGGAGGUUAUGGAGGCUAUGGACCAGGGUAUGGUUCCCCUCACUUUGGAGGUGGCUACCGUCCAAGGCCUGGCUAUGAGCCUGAGGGCUCCGGAGACAUGGAGUACUACACUGCAGCAUCCAGUGGGCCCAUCUACAAUAGCAUUGUUGUUGUGAUUGGCUUCAUAACCUCCCUGCUGAUGGGAAACUGGGUUGCUGUCAUGUAGAGCUGGAGACAAGGCCAAGAUCCAAAACAAAUAUUCCUCAAAGCACAAAUCUCUCCUGAAAAUGAGGAGGAACAUUUUAAAGUUAUCUCCUGCCUAUUACUUUCAGAUGAAAAUUUCACAUAAUCUGUUCUAUCAAUGUUCCUGAUUCUCCAAUGAUGUUUAUGUCAUAAAAGGAAACCCAGCAUGA